AUGGUGGUUUCUUGAUUUCAAACUUUGCCACAUGCGUCUAAGAUUUCAUGAUGUAGUGGUAUCGCCCAGUUUAACGUCCCACUUCAGAAAGGUCAGAGGUCGCAACCCAACAUGGCGCUGCCCAUACUGAAUGUCCGGUUGUUGCUGUGUCGUUUGGCAAACACGGGUCCCAAAGGCUCAUCAUUAUUACCUAUCCGGCAAAGUCGGUGUAUACGACCAAGCAACUGUUUUAGCACAUCGCCAUAUUCCUGUAGCCAGAGCAGACUAAGCAGCAGGGAGAGGACAGAGGCUUUUGCAUGGCUGGGGGACAUCGUCCCUGUGUUUGGAACCACAGGGGAUAGAGUCUCCGUCCUGCAUGAUCCCACAGUAUUCUUCAAUGUUCUCAAGGGUAGAAUAUGGAUAGCAGAGAAGAGAAUAGUGCUGUCCUCUUUAUACCUGGGCAAUGGACCCCUCGAGCAGGAGCUGGUAGCAGCCCUUCAGCUGCAGCUACAGAGAGCGAGUGACCUUCAGGUGACUGUGCUUCUAGACUACACCCGUGGCUCCCGUGGCAGGGACAACUCACGUACUCUGCUGCUGCCUCUCCUACAAAACUUCCCAGACAGAGUACAGGUGAGCCUGUAUCACACCCCAGAUCUGCGAGGUCUGCUGAAGGCUGUCGUACCAGAGCGGUUCAAUGAGACUAUCGGUCUCCAACACAUGAAAAUCUACCUCACUGACAACUCCGUCAUCAUGAGUGGUGCCAACUUGAGUGAGAUGUACUUCACCAAUCGGCAGGAUCGUUAUGUAGUGUUUCACAACAUUCCCCUGCUGGCAAACAUGCUGGCAAACUUGGUGUCCUGUGUUGCCUCCUUCUCCUUCCAACUGUGUCGAGACAACUCCGUCAGCCUGCACCCCAGCUUCAAUAUCCAACCCUUAUAAAGUUGAUAUCUCUUCCAUCUCUUCACAGAUGACAUCGAAAAGUUCAAAAGUGAGGCCCGCCGAAGAGUGAUGGACCUUUUGAAGCCAGGCUACUUUACCAAACUGGCAGAUCCCUUCUUCACAGAUGCACCCUUCCGUCACAGGAGGAAGGUGAUUGGUUGGACCAGAGAGCUCAGAGAAAGGACUAUCCAAAUCCAAGAUGGAGAUGAACAUACAAGUCAUCAUGAGGUGGAGGGAGACGAGGAAAGUGAUGAAGAAACACAACAGCUCAUACAACAGGGAGCCAGGGUCAUGGUCGACACUCAGACUCAGGAGAAAACAAUAGUGCAUCCUGAGAGUUCAAACCUCACGCAGCUGAAACGGACUAUUUAUGUGGACACGUGGAUCUGCCCGCUGGUGCAGAUGGGUCCUCUGGGAGUGUGGCACGAUGAAAUGGUCACACGGAGACUGCUGCGGACAGCUGCUAAGGAGUCAGAACUGCUGCUAGCAUCAGGCUACUUCAACCUGACAGAGGACUACAUGAACGUCAUGCUGCAGGCUGAUGCUGACUUCAAUAUCCUCAUGGCCUCUCCUCAGGUGAAUGGUUUCUAUGGUGCCAAGGGCAUUGCAGGCAGCAUCCCCACAGGAUAUACCUACAUCGCUCGGGAGUUCCAUCGCCGGGUGUGGCGGCAGGCACAGCAGGGCAGGAUCCAGCUGCAGGAGUACAUCCGCCCCAACUGGACAUUCCACGGGAAAGGCCUGUGGUUCUACCACCCUGGGGAGGACCUGCCCACCCUCACACUCAUCGGGUCUCCAAACUUUGGUUACCGUUCUGUUCACCGGGAUCUAGAAGCUCAGCUGGCCAUAGUUACGGACAACUGGACUCUCCGCCAGCAGCUACAUCAGGAACAACGACAUCUGUACCAAGGGUCAGAGGUGGUUACCAAGGAAACCUUCCAACGUCCAGAUCGCCAAGUUCCUACCUGGGCCAAAGCUCUGACUAGAGUCAUCAAAAACUUCUUCUGAAGCACAGACAUGGAGAGCUGCCCAUAUCAACCUAUCAUACUGCUAGUGCCAGAACAGUAUUCUAAUUCUAGGAGAAAAGUGGCAUUCAUGAUGCAAGUACAUGUACAUACAAAUAAUACAGUUCUCAAUUAAAAUCCA